CAUGGUGGAUCAGAUUGACCAAAAAGCUGUAAAAGAACUAUUGCCUUUUCUCUCGCUUAAUGCUCGAGGAGACGUGAAAUCGUUGGCUCUUGAUUAUAUUUUGGGACUUUCUGGUUCUGAUAGUGGAAAGCACUUCCUGAACCAAAACGAAGAAUACUUGAGAUGUAUUUUGGAACUGACGAGAGACUUGAACUCCAACAUUUCCAGAGAUGCAUACUCUACGAUCGUGAAUUUGUCUGCAGAACUCGCCAUCUCGGACAAACUCCUCAAAUUCAACAUCAUUGAGCCCUUUUUGAGCUAUGCUCUUAAACAAACUAGUGAGCACGCCGACAAAGUGGCCAUGAUUUUGUCCAAUGUAACAAGAACAGAAACUGGAUGUCGUGAAGUUCUCAAGGUUACGAACACGUCUGAGGAAUGUAGUUUAUACAAAAUUGUAGAAGUGUUGUGCGUAGAGAAGUAUAAUCCCCGCGCUGAACUGAACUAUCUCGCCACUUUUCUUUCGAAUUUAACGCAAUUACAAGAAUCACGAGACUAUAUUUUGGACAGGGAUUGCUGUGUUAUUCAACGCCUUCUUCCAUUCACAACCUACAGUGCCUCACUUGUAAAAAGAAGAGGAAUUGUGGCUGUACUAAAGAAUUGCUGCUUUGAGUCAAGAAGCCAUCAGUGGUUAUUAAGUGAUGCUGUGGACAUCCUACCACACCUGCUGCUACCACUGACAGGACCGGAAGAAUUUCCUGAAGAUGAGAUGGAGAAACUACCCCCUGAUCUCCAGUACAUGGAUGAUAACAAAGAGAGAGAAAGUGAUCCAGACAUCAGGAACAUGUUAUUGGAAGCCUUACUUCAGUUAUGUUCUACAAAACAUGGCAGAGAGAUGAUGAGGAAGUUUAACAUUUAUGUUAUUCUUAAGGAGUUAUUCAAUUGGGAAGUAGAUGAAGAAGUAAAGAAGUCAUGUGGAAAUGUGAUUCAAGUUUUAAUAGCAGAUGAACCAGAACCAUCCAUGCAGGAUCUAAAACAGGUGCAGAUUCCAGAGGAGGUCAAGAAAAAGUUUGAUGAAGAACCACAGACAAAUAUACAGAAUUCAUAACACCUAUGAUAUCAUGAGUUGACAAAAAAAGCACAACUUUACUGAAUGCAACUUUAGGUGGGGAUAUACUCUUGGCUUAGUGAAUGACAAAUCCCCUCUAAUGUUUUAAAAUAUCCUGCAGCCAGUGAGGUUUUAGAGGUUGAGAGUGAGCAUUGUUAUCAAUUGGUGAAAAACUCAAUAAAAUUUGACACAUUUUGGCUGGA